CUGUCAAGACCCACAAAGAAGAGACACCUCAUCUGCAAGAACCAUGAGAUCUGCUGCUUUCAUCCUGCUGGCCUGCCUGCUGCUUGUAGAUGUUAGAGGCAUGGCGAUAUCUUCCAGGGGUCGGUGCCUUUGCAUGGAUGCUGGUGUGAACUUCAUUAAACCCAAACUGAUUAAGAAGGUAGAGGCCAUGUAUCCCAGCCCAUCCUGCCAGAACCUGGAGAUCAUUGUUACCUUGAAAGGAAGUGGAGAAAAGAAGUGCUUGAAUCCAGCCUCAUGGUUUGCCAAGAACUUCAUCAAGGAUGCACAAAAGUAAAAGAGGAACCAGGACAGAAGUUUUGGACUUCCAUUCAUAGCAGCCAUGAGCAAGUUCUGCUGUGAGAAGACGUACCUCUUUGUAACCAUUAUGAUACCAAGCAGUGAUAACAUUUACAAUGAAUGCACUGAAAUGUCAAUAUUGGAAAAUUGAAAUAUAUUCAAUAUUGUGUAUGUUUCUAAAAUGUAAAGAAAGAUGAAGCUAACCUUAUAUGCCGUUUGUAUAUCAGUUUGUAUAUUUAUGUUUUUUAUAUUAAGAUGUUUUUUAUACAAAUGUGAAUAAUUGUCUUGUCAGCAGAUGAUAUAUUUUUGUUUGCCUUUAAUUUUAUUGUGUUUUUGAAUAUUGACUCUUUCAAAUGACUUACUGUGUUAUUUAAGAUUUCAUGUGAAUAAAACAUUAAAUGUACCUAAUUUACAUUCAUAAUGUGAGUUUGACUUGCUGGAUGUGGAUGGAGGAGAGCUAGGCAAUCAUUUCAUUUUCAGGUUUUUCAGACACAUGGAAACAUACAGUACCUAGUACACAUACAACUAA